AUGGCCGACCCAAACCCCUCUCAACCACCCAUGGACAACAACGACGACGUGUUCCUCGACCCAGAAGCCGAAGCAGCCGCCAUGGCCGCAGCAAUGGGUUUCUCCUCCUUCGGCCAACAAGCUCCCCUUGCCGGCGGAGACUCCGACCCCGACGACGACAACUCCGCUGCCGGUGACCGUCCCUCAAAGAAGAGGAGGUACAACUCCCGCGUGGACGCCUACGUUGGACCAGCACCACAGGGGACGGGGGCGAAUGACGUGCCUGUUCAGAGGAGGGUUUUCAACAAUGCACCGAAGGAGGGGAGUGUUGGAGCUACGGCGGGAGGUGGACUGAAGGAUGAGAACGAAAUUGAUCUGGAUGACAACGAAAUCGACCUUGGCGACGAUGACGAGGAGGGUGUCGAUGCGGGAAGGAGUGCGAUGACGGCGACGGCGACGACGCUGUCGAUUAAUCCAUCACUACCACCUAAGCCGCAAGUUCAAAUGGCAACUCAACAAGGCUUCCAGAAUCCAAACAACCAAAGAGGUGGUCAUGGUGGACGAGGCGGUGGUAGAGGCGGUGGUAGGGGCGGUCACGGUGGAACCCACGGCCGUGACCCAACAAAACCUUGGUACACCGAUUACUACGACCCCUCGAGCAACGAGAACCCGUGGGAGCGACUGGAGAAGGUGCGGGGGCUGGACACUUUGGGGAAGUGGUUGCCUAGUCGGUCUGGAGGUGGUGGCCGUGGUGGUCGUGGAGGGUUUGGGGCCGGGUCUGGUGGUCCGUCGGGUGCUCAGGAGGGGACAGCUCAGCAGGAGGGUGUGCAGGUUGUGCAGGCUGUGCAGGAGGUGGCUUAA